GUUGAUAUGAACCUGAUGUGAAACUCCUCCUACGUUUAUGGCCAUCCGUUUUAAAAUCUGCUGCGCAAGAAAGACUUUUGGGUUCUGGUUUGAAGUCAGACUUUCAGCGCUUCGAACAUUUUGCGCAGGUGGUUGGACACUAACAGUAGAGCUCCAGGAUGGACAGAAGACAGCGUGUGAAUCUCUCAGUCCAUCCAUCUAGAGGACUCAUAGAUGAGAAAUUUGUGGUUCUGGUCCAGAGCUGCCUCCCUGGCUGUCAGCUCACCCUCCACGCUCUUCACCACUGUGAGGAUGGGAACAGCUGGGAAGCUUUUGGACACUACACGUCUGAUGCCUCUGGAGCUGUCAAUGCAUCAAUGGACCCCUCACUGGGUGGGACGUAUUCUGGAGUCGAACCGAUGGCUUUGAUGUGGAGCAUGAGGACAGUUCCAGGGAGCAAACCUGGACUCAGAUUGAGAAUGAAGAACGUCCAGAAACCAAUGGAGGUUGCCAUCUCAGUGUAUCUGGGUCAUCAAACUGAAGGUUUUGAGGAGAAGGUGAAGCUUGCCAAUGUGUUGGUGGAGCGAUGGUACAUGGCACCUGGAGUCCGCAGGAUCCCUAUCACAGAGUCAGACCUCACGGCGACGCUUUUCCUGCCUCCAGGGCCUGGACCCUUUCCUGGAGUCAUCGACAUGUGGGGGGGCACCGGUCAGUUGGUGGAGUACCGAUCAGCGCUGCUGGCCUCUCAUGGUUUCGCCUCUCUCGCCCUUGACUACUUGACUCCCAAAAUCACCUUGGAAACUGGCAAGAUGGUUGGCAAUGACUACUUUGAGACCGCCUUCCAAUUAUUGCAGAAGCAUCCUCAGGUGCUCGGUAGCAAGAUCGGCAUGGUGGGAAUUUCUUUUGGCUCCAGUAUGGCACUUAAAAUGGCGGCUUACUCCCAAAUCGUAAAGCCUGCUUGCAUCAUGUGCGUGAGUGCAAGUCACGUUCAACAGGUCGAGGGAUCAGUCGCAGAAACAUUUAAAUACUUCGAGGAAAACAGAGGGAAAACCCGAUAUAAUGAGUUGAAUGAGGUGAUCUGGAGGGACCUUCUGCUGCCAAUUCCUACUGACCCAGCGUUAAAAGUGGAUAUGGGAAGAAUCCAGUGUCCCUUGAUGUUGGUGGUUGGAGAGGACGAUCAGAACUGGCCUGCAGCUGAGUCGGCACAAGAUAUGAAGGACAUGAUGGAGCGAGCCGGGAACAGCCACUUGCUGAGCAUUCACUCCUAUCCGAACACGGGUCACCUGAUUGAACCGCCGUACUCUCCUCACACCAGAGUCAGCAUCUUUAAACAACAGUCAACAAAGGUGAUGGCUCUGUGGGGUGGAGAAACUGCUGCUCAUUCCCAAGCCAUGGAAGACGCCUGGAAGAAGAUGCUGACAUUCCUGAAAGCGCAUCUCUAUGGCAACAACUCAUCACCGUCUCUGUUGGGACACCACUAAAUCUGAGUUUCAAUCUCUAGGAAUCUGGGACUUUUCCCUUCUCAUAAUACACUGAAAUUACAGUUCAAGGUUAAAUCUAUGUUGAACUGCUGCUCUGGUUCAAUGCUUUAAAUACAGGGAUGUUAUAUCCAUCAUAUAAGGGCUCAUAACAGACGUCUCAUUUCCUCUUCCACUUUGUGUUCCCUUCAGAACACACUGCUACACGCUCUAUUCUGCUCCUAAUGAGCUAUCAGUACACAACCGCCACAGCAUUCUUCACAAGCUUAUGCAGCGUCAAUGAAAACCAGUGAAAUUCUCACCUUGCAAAUCUGCGUCUACACAGCGACUGUGCAGUCAUGUCCUUCUCCGAAGAGUGCCGGCUCAUUAAGUGGCAGAUAUAGGGAGGUCACUAAAGAAGUGCAACGCAGUCAUUGUACAUGCUGAAUGUGCCGUCGCUUCAUUGCAUGAUCACCAAUUCAUUUUUUGUGUGGGUGAGAACCAUUAGACAGUGAAGAAUGAGGUGCUUCUGUACCGUUGCGAGGUCCACAAUUGAUGUUGUAACGAAUACUACACACUUCGAGUCGACUAUAUUGCUGAAAGUUCGAACACCAGACCCCGUAUUCAAAGGUAGUCGGAUUCAUGUGGCGAUGUUGGCGUCAUCUUGUAAACCACCACUGCGUUCUAUAUUGUGGCAGCUGCCAUUGUUUUUGUACAUCUGUAUCGGCCUUUGCACACCUCUUCCUACUCCCUUCUAUUCUCAGGAAAUGUUAAUAAUGGAGCAAGAACAGACAAUUAAAUGUUGGUUGUGUUCUGAUUUAUACGGGA